GCUUCCGUUUCCGCAUUCCAGCCGGAAGCGGUCGGCACAUGUGUGUGACUUUGAGCUGUAGGCGCCCAGUGGAGAGUAGACAUGGACGGUUUCAGCUCAGACUUCUCCCCGACGGCCUCCGCCUCAGGCUCCGGCAAGAUAGACACGGGCGCCAUUAUGGAACAAGUGAAGGUGCAGAUCGCGGUGGCGAAUGCCCAGGAGCUGCUGCAGCGAAUGACUGAUAAAUGUUUCCGAAAAUGUAUUGGGAAACCCGGAAGCUCACUGGACAAUUCAGAGCAGAAAUGCAUUGCAAUGUGUAUGGACAGAUACAUGGAUGCCUGGAAUACUGUAUCCAGAGCCUACAACUCCAGACUACAAAGAGAACGUGCUAAGAUGUGAAAUGAGCCAGGACCACCUAGAAUCCAACAGAUAUCCUGCACCUACUACAACCGGGGGCUGAACUGCCCACUUCGAAGGAGCUACUGUUAGUCCUAAACCUACUCUGUGUAGCACUUCUUGCAGUCAAUAAUGGACAAACCUAAUGGCUAUGCCAUUGAUAAACAAUUUAAAUGAGGGUAAAGAAAAUGUAAAGUUUUCUUCCCCUUCUUGGAAGAUCCCUAGUGCAGGAGUAGAACUUGGUUAAACCUGUAAUGUUAUGUCUCGCAAUGUCUGUACCAUCGAUUUAUUCCCAAACACAAAAGGUGCUGUAUGCUGAUCCUUGUCUCAGGAUUAUGUUUGGCCAAGAUCUGUGAUCAUAUAGUUUUUGUAUCCUCCUUGCUCGUCUCUUAUGAAUGGAUUGCAUCAUUGCUGUGACAUGUACAUUCACCCUUCAUUUCUACUCUUAAGAACAUCUACCUUGAGCCAAGCUGUGCGGAGCCUUUUCUAGAUCACUUUAAAGGCUGUUGAACAGAAGACAAUUAGGACUGGAGGCACUUGCUGUUUAAUAGUAUAUUUUACUGGUUACACACUUGCUCAUAAACAUCGUAUGUGCUCACUGUCAGAAUGCCAUAUCUGUCCUGGAAUGAAUCCCUCUCGUUGUAUCAUCUUAGGAUCCUGAUUGAAGAAGACAUGAACAAAUAAAGUUUGUUUGAUCUGUG